UAAUUCCAUCGUACCAGAGCUCGGACUUGCGAUCGAACGUGCAGACGUGCCACUUCUGGUGGAUUACAUCAUGUAAUUUUUUCCCGAUUUUCUCCAUGCAAGUUUAUAGUAAAAGCAUCGUCAAUUUGACGCUGGUGUUACUAAGAGCCACCGCUUUUGUUCCCUUGACAAUUUGAAAUCCCGAGGAGCGACUCAAUUCCUUUUUCUAAUUCAUUCUACUCCGUUACCGUAAUCCUUUCAUCAAGGAAGAGCAUCAAGAUAUAUACCUGUUGAUACGCCAAUACAAAUCACUCACCUAGAGAAACAUCUACCUAUAAACAUCGAAUAUCAUACAAAGAAGUCGAACAGCCAGGCAUUGAUAUCCCCCACCUCUUAUCAACCGGAUAACAUCAUCCCACCAAAAAUAACCGCAUACAAACCUAACACAUAAUACCAACCAUCCCCCACAAACCGACAAAAUGAAGGUCAUCUCCCCUGAAGAAGAAAAAGCACACUACAACCAAGUCCUAAAAGGCGGUUCCAUCGGCGGCACACUCGGUCUAGGGAUAGGCUGGAUCGGCGUAAUCGCCGCCUCAAGACGCUACCCAGCCUUCCGCUCCCUAACCCUCCCCUUCCGCGCCUUCCUAGUAACAUCCACGGGCACAUUCGGCGCCAUCGUAAACGCAGAACGGUAUUCCAACGCCUUCCAUCGCGCGAAUAACCCGAUGAAUUUCUACGUCGACGAAGCACAACGCGCGCAGGACCUACUCCGCGCGCAAGAAACGUCGUGGGAACGGUUUACUACCUGGGGGAGGGAAAACCGGUAUUCGAUUGUGUUUGCGAGUUGGAUUGCUGCGAUGGGUAUUGCGCUGGGAGUCGUGGGACGGAAUAAGUAUCUCACGACUAGUCAGAAGUUGGUCCAGUCUCGUAUGUAUGCGCAGGGUUUGACGUUGGCGGUACUUAUCGCUUCUGCGGUUUUCGAGACGGCUGAUGCGAAGAGUGGGACGGGCCGCUGGGAGACUGUUAAAGUGCUUGAUCCGAAUGAUCCCGAGCACAAGAAUAUCAUCGAGAAGCGCGUGCAUAAGGAGGAGUAUGAGGGUCAGGAUUUGUGGAAGGAUAUGGUAGCUGCUGAGGAGAGGAGGUUGGCGCAGCAGAAGACGCAGAAGAACAACAACUCGCAAUAAUUGGGUGUUGGUUUCUUAUGAUUAGAUCCGGAGGAGGAAAGAUGUUAGGUUUGGCCGGAUGGGAAAAGCUGUAUAUGGUGUCUUGGACUCAUUCAUCUGCACAUAUUCAUUUUCCUUUGCUCUAUAUCAUUUCUCGGAGUUUUUGGUUCUGUGGCGGUCGGUUUGGUGACUUUUUCUUUCCCUUUGCAUUUUCCCCUACGAUCAUCUCCUAUUCCUCUUCUCUUCGUGUACAAACUCAAAGCAUGGAUACAUCUUGGAUCCGAAAAAGUUAGGGGAGAUUUUGAAGAAAAGUGAAAAGAAACCUAUCAUGAACAUGGCAAUUGAGAGAUGGGAGCGAAGGUGGUAGACAACGUGAUAGAUGAUGAUG